GUUUUAGCAUGUUUCAACCCACUCAGAAUGUUGCCGGUGGCCAAAGACUGAUGAAUUUUACUUUCCAAGCAACGACACCACAAUCAAUAUCUCUCACUCCUCUACCAGAGAAAAACGUUCCUGUAGAUUUAGUUGAUCAAUUGGAGGAUAAGUUGAAAGAGAAUACCACUGACUUCAACACUUGGUUGUUAUUGAUUUAUUUGACUCAAAAAAAGGACAAGUUGGUUGAUGUUCGAAAGGUUUAUGAAAACUGUUUAAAAGUUUUCCCCUUUUCAUCAUUAGUUUGGUUGAAUUAUAUCAAUUAUGAGUUAUCAAGGGCAAAAUUUGAAGAGGCUGAAAGUUUAUUUUCCAGAUGUUUAAAUAAAAAUUUAAGUGUUUCAUUAUGGCAAAAUUACAUUGAGUAUGUUUUAAGAACUAAUACAAAUUCUACAAAGAUGAUUAACGAAAAACAAAUUGAUCCAUCAGUUUCAAGAGGCAUUGUAAUUCAAGCUUUUGAUUUUGCUUUAGACAAUAUCGGCAUAGAUAUAAAUUCGACUCCAUUAUGGGAAUCAUAUUUGGAUUAUAUUAAUAAUUGGAAAACAACAACAAAUUGGGAAAAUCAACAAAAAAUGGAUAUAAAAAGAAGAAUUUUUAAUAAAUGUUGCAAAAUCCCUUUAAAUAACCUAUCCAGGUUAUGGAAUUUAUAUACAAGUUUUGAAAAUGACUUAAAUCCCCAAACUGCGAGAAAUUUUAUUGAUCACGUAAAUGCUUCUUACAUGUCUGCUAAAUCUUGGUUACUUGAAUUUAAUAAUUUUUCAAACGGUUUAAUCAUCAACGAUUACAAUAGUAUGAAUGCUAAUUGUUAUAUAUUGAAUUUGAAUAUUAAUAGAUUAAAUUCCAUUCAACAAAAAAAACAAUUGAAUAUUUGGAAAAUUUGGAUUAAUUUUGAAAAAUCUAAUAAACUAAAUUUAAAAGAUCCAAAAGCUUUAAAUCUUAGAGUUGAUUAUAUUUAUAAAAAAACCACUGAGCAUUUCUUUUUCUAUCCCGAAGUUUGGUUUGAUUACAUUCAAUAUAAUCUAUCUAAUAUUUCAUCUUCAUCCCAAUCUCAAUCUAUUAUUAAAAAUUCAAUUAAGAUUAUAAAUGAAGCAAUUGCAGUUAAUCCAUUAUCAUUUUCAUUAACUUAUUUAUUAGCUGAAUUAUAUGAAAAAAGUUUGAAUUUAAAACCUAUCAAAAAAGUUUUUGGUACAUUGAUUGCCAAUUACAUUAAAAUCUUUUAUAAUUUAGAAUCGAAUUUACAACUUUUAGUUAAUACUUUAAAACAAAUUAAUAUAGAUAUUAAAUCAAUUAAAGAAAAUCAAAACAAUUUAAAAAUCAGUAACAGUGAUGUUGAAAUUAAAAUUGCUUUGUUAAAAUCCAAGUAUAAAAAUUUUACCGAUCAGUUGAUUAAUAUUAUUGUUAAACAUAAAGAGAUAAAAAGAUUUAUAACAUCCAUAUAUAUUCAACUUAUUAAAAUAGUUAAAAGAUCGUUUAGUAAAGAUCAAGCGAGGUCUAUUUUUUCAGAAGCUAGAAGAUUAUUUCCUAAAUUAACAUGGCAUAUAUAUUAUGAAAAUUCGAUGAUGGAAUAUUAUUCAGCAUCUAAUACGGAUAAAAUAAAGCAUAAUUCAAAGAGAAAAGAAGAACAUUUCAAUUUUUUUAAGAAUGAGAAUUUUGAGUUUAUAUUAAAAUAUUUUGAGUUUCUAAUUAUGGUUAAUGAUUAUAAUAAUAUAAGAUCAUUAUUUGAAUCAUCAUUAAAAAAUUACAAACUUAACCAUGCUGCUGUUGAGGAAUCAUCAAUAAUUUCUAAAAAUGGGGUGAAAACAAUUGAGGAUUUAGGAUUCAAUCACAGUAAAAAUAACAGUAACAAAUGCUGUAUAAAAAGUGAUGAAAUCGAGUCUAACAAUUUGAAGAAAUUGUUUAAAAUUUUGUUAAAAUUUGAAUUAAAUAAUGGCAAUAUAACAACGAUGAAGGAUAUAAUUAAUAAAUAUAAAUUUGAAUUUUUUCCUAAUGAAUCUAGAUUGAAGAUUUUUUCAAAUGCAUUUGUUGAAAUCGAUGGGAAGAAUUAUAUUAAAGAAUUUGAUAUUGGAGUUAAUUCAUCUAAUAAUGAAGAAGUUGAGGAUAGUUAUAAUUUCGAUGACAAUUUUGAUACCGUUUAUAAUAAUGGAAAUAUAAAUAAUAAUAAAAAUAAUAACAGCAGUAAUAAUAAUUUAGCUAGUAAUGGAAAUGAUUUCAGUAGUGAAAACAAGGAUGCCAAAACAUUUAUAACAGAUGAAAUUUAUUCAUUAUUGAGACAAUUACCCAAUAGUAAUUGUUUUCAAAAAGAGUUAUUUGGAGUUGAGAAAGUUGUUGAGUUACUCCAGGGAUUAAGAAAAGGACCGACACCAAAUCGACAAUCUAAUUGGAAUUGAAUAUUUUUUAUUUUUUUUAUUUUUUUUUCCAAUUAAAUCAUGUAAGUUAUAAAAUUGGAUUCGAAUAAAGUAAUGAAAGUAGUGUGUAUUUACUCCUUUUUAUUUACAUUUGUGGUUCGAUAUAUAAAAUAUAAUACAGUUUGUUUCAUUUUUAGAAAAAUUUCACGUGGAAUGUGUAUAAAUUAAGUAAGGGAGGAUGAGUAAAGAAAGUGUUAUAGGAAGAGAUGCUGUUUAUUUGCGAGUUGUGUUUGUGAAGGUAUUAUGAGUAAAAAAUUCAGAAUCUACACAAAUUGAUAAAACUUAUAAAGAGAGAAAAAAAGUGGAUAAAACUAAUCGGAUGAAAUAGUGAAACAAAACGAGUAGAUAAAGAGGUGAAUAAAUUGGUUAAAUUGGUUCCUUUUAAGCAUUAAAUGGUAAUC